UAAAACUAAACUCUUAAACGUUCCAGGCCAAGCAGUGGGGCUGGACACAGGGACGUUGGCCUAAAAAGAGUGCAGAGUUCCUACUGCACAUGCUCAAAAAUGCUGAGAGUAAUGCUGAACUCAAGGGUCUUGAUGUGGAUUCUCUGGUAAUUGAGCACAUCCAGGUCAACAAGGCCCCCAAAAUGCGCAGGCGUACCUACAGAGCUCAUGGUCGUAUCAACCCCUACAUGAGCUCCCCCUGUCAUAUUGAGAUGAUCCUCACUGAGAAGGAGCAGAUUGUUCCAAAGCCAGAAGAGGAAGUUGCUCAGAAGAAAAAGAUCUCUCAAAAGAAGCUGAAGAAGCAAAAACUUAUGGCUCGGGAGUAAAUCUGACAUAAGAUGUACAUAAAUAAAAAAGAAAACGGAUAUUA